CUCGUCGUGGCCGACAGGCUGGACCGGGAGCAGCUGUGCGGCCAGGCCGACACCUGCACGCUCCCCUUCGAGCUGCUGCUGGCCGACCCGCUGCAGUUCUUUCGGGUCGAGGUCACCCUCGAGGAUAUCAAUGACCAUUCACCCAGAUUUCCCCAUCAACGGGUCACUUUUACAAUCCCCGAAACGAGCGACCUGGGCUCUCGUUUCCCACUGGAAGCUGCUCGAGAUCCUGAUAUUGGCAGCAACAGUGUCCAGGCAUACAGCAUCGCGCCCGAGAAAGACUAUUUUAGUGUGUCCUUUGGCAGUAGGAGUAAUGGGGACAAAUACGUUGAACUUGUUUUGGAAAAAACCCUAGACAGAGAGGAGCAGGCAGAGAUGGAUUUCAGUGUGAUUGCUGUGGAUGGGGGCUCUCCACCCAGGAGUGGGACCACCCAAAUUCACAUUACAGUUCUGGAUGCAAAUGACAACGCUCCCGUCUUCACACAGGAUCGUUACACUGGGCAGGUUCUGGAAAACACACCGGAGGGUUCUGUGGUUUUGAGUGUGUUGGCGGCAGAUCUGGAUGCAGGACCUAAUGGGGACAUCUCCUAUCAGUUCAGUGAAGGAGUCAUUGACAGCGAGUCAGUAUUUGAGAUUGAUCCCAAGAGUGGUGAAAUUAAACUCAGAAAGCCUCUGGACUUUGAGGUAGCACAGACUCAUGAGCUCAGUGUAAGGGCCACAGAUGGUGGGGGGCUCUCGGCAAUCUGCAAAGUAUUAGUGGAGGUGUUGGAUGUGAAUGACAAUGCACCCGAGCUGCUGGUCAGUUCCUUCAGCAGUCCCCUCCCCGAGAACUCCGCGCCUGGCACGGUGGUUGCCCUCUUUACUGUCAGGGACCGAGAUGCCGGUGCCAACGGCAAGGUGUCCUGUGCCCUCGACCAUCAGCUCUUCUUCUCCCUGCGGCCAGCCUAUAAGAAUUACUACGAGCUGGUGACUGUGAGGGCGCUGGACCGGGAGGACACGGCUCAGCACAUCCUCACUGUGACAGCAGCAGACGCGGGGUCCCCUCCUCUCACAAGCACCCACAAUGUGAGCGUUACUAUCCAGGAUAUCAAUGACAACGCGCCGCGGUUUAACAAAGAAUUUGUUACCAUAGAAAUGAUCGAGUCGACGCCUCCUGGGAGCAGGUUCGCAUUGGGCAGUGGCAGAGACCCCGACAUUGGGGCAAACUCAUUACAAAAGUACGAACUUACCCCCAGUCCACUCUUCUCCCUCUUAGUGAGGGAGAGUCCUGAUGGGACGAAACACGCGGAAUUAGUACUGGAGAAAAACUUGGAUCGAGAAAAACAGAGAAAUCACCAUCUGAUACUGACGGCGCUGGAUGGUGGGGAUCCAGUCCGAUCUGGGACAGCGCAGAUUAAUAUUAACGUGACUGACGCAAAUGACAACCCACCAGUAUUCACCAAGGAGAUCUACAAGGUUCAACUGAUGGAAAACCUACCAGAGGGCUCCUUAGCUUUUCAGGUGAAAGCUACUGACAGUGAUGAAGGUACAAAUGCAGAAAUUGCCUACUUUUUCAGUGACAUCACAGACAGUGCUCGCCAGCUCUUCUCUCUAGACCCCAGGACAGGGGAUGUGAAGGUUACAGGCCCCAUAGAUUAUGAAGAAGGGAAAUAUUAUGAAGCAACUGUUGAAGGCAAGGAUGGUGGUGGGCUCACUGCCCACGCCAAAGUACACAUAGACAUUGCAGACAUAAAUGAUAAUGCCCCAACCCUUUCCCUUCUGCCUGUCUUAAAUCCGAUACCCGAAGACUCAGUCCCGAGCACAGUUGUAGCUGUGAUCAAUGUCCGUGACAGAGAUUCGGGAGAAAAUGGAGAAGUGAGCUGUAACAUGGACGGAAAUCUGCCUUUCAGAUUAGAAAUGUCAUCGGAGAACACCUAUAAACUAGUAAUAGCCAGUGCCCUGGACAGAGAAGCAGUGUCCUCUUACAAUAUUACCAUCACUGCAAGGGACCGGGGCAGGCCGGCGCUGUCGAGCGCGGCGGAGCUGGUGCUGGAGGUGUCGGACGUGAACGACAACGCGCCGGUGUUCGAGGAGGCGGCGUACAGCGCGUACGUGCGGGAGAACAACGCGGCGGGCGCGCUGGUGGUGCGCGUGAGCGCGCGGGACGCGGACGCGGGCGCCAACGGGCGCCGCUUCUCGCUGGCCGGCGCCGCCUUCCCGCCCGACUUCUGCGAGGGCACCUUGCCCUACUCCUACAACCUGUGCGUGGCCGCGCCGGCCCGCGCCGCCGCCGAGGCCGCUUGGCCGCCGCCGCCGCUGCCCAUCCUGCCCGCCGAGGAGCUUCUGGCCGGGGAGCCCUGUGACAAGCCGAGCCCGAGCAGCAGCGCCGUCGCGGGAGAGCCGCCCACAGACACCGGCGCACCACAGGCCGUCUCCUGCCUCUUCCUCGCCUUCCUGCUGCUGCUGCUGGCGCUGCGCCUCAGGCGCUGGCGCCGCUCGCAGCAGCAGCAGCAGCUGCUGGCCACGGCCGGCGCCGCCUUGCGCGGCGUGCCUGCCACGCACUUCGUGGGCAUCGACGGCGUCCGCGCCUUCCUGCACUCCUACUCGCACGACGCGUCUCUCACGGCCGACUCGCGCAAGAGCCACCUGCGCUUCUCGGCCGCCAGCUGCUGCGACACCCUCCCGGCGCGCCCGCCGCCCGACGAGCCCGCACCGCUGCUCGGAGAGGAGGAACCUGCCGGCGACCGUCCCGCGGACCCCGCUGCUCCUCCAGCGGCUGCAGUGCUGCGGCGGCGCCUCCGGGUGUCGCUGUUGGCCGCCGCCGAGCGGCGCUGGAGCCGCAGCCGCCGCCGCCGCAGCGUCCUGCCCCCGCAGGCUGCUCGCUCGCCCGGCCAGUGGCGGCCAGAGCGGCAGCGGCACGGGCAGCAGAG